UAUAAAUUAGGUAUCUAAAGCAUUAGAAGGAUCCUUGUGGUCAAAAUUCAUUCAAGCAUAUUGUUCAAUAAACAAUCAAAGAAUUUCUCAUUUUGAACCGAGAAAGAAGUUAGAUGUUCUGCUUGGAUCUUUGGGGCAACUAAUUGAACUGGAAACAAGAUGUGGUUCUAGUGUUUCUCAGAAAAAAUUAGAAAGCCAGACAAUGGAAAUAAUUGCUAAUAUGCUAAUAGACAAUAUGGUAACUAUUUCAUCAAUGAGUCUUGAACAAAAGAAAAAAAUCUCUGAAUUUUGUGCUAUCAACCCUGAAAACUCUCAAGUAGGACCUUUAAUUUUGAAUAAAUGUUUUAUGCAUUUGAAAUCAGUUAUUGAAAUGUCAUCCGAGGUUUCAAAAGAUACUCAUCAAAAAGAGACAAAUAGUAAAGAGAUAGCAUCAGCUCAUAUGGAGUUAGCUAAUUUUUGUAAUCGAUACUUAAGGAGAGAAGCUGAUCAAAACUUAGAUGCUAAGAGCAUUCCAUCUUUUGGUGAUUUUCCUCUUGUAUUGACUGAGUCAUUGUUAAGAGCUCUAGAAUAUGGAUAUCAAGAAGCACUCCAACUUUUUCCUCGUCUCCUACAAAUUAUUGAAUCUCAUCCAUUGUGCCUUCAGUCAUUUCAGAAACAAGUUUCCAAAAUGCCAUGCUGGUUAUUUAUAGGCUGGAUUAAUCAAAUGCUUGCUUUACUUGACAAACCUGAAGCAAAAGCUGUACAAGGAAUUAUAGAAAAUAUUACUUUAACAUAUCCUGAUGCUAUUAUAUAUUCCUUUCAUCUAAGUUCUACUAAUUAUAAAUUUAAUAAUCCUGAUGGCCAGUUGAAUAAAGCUUUUGUUGAGAGAAUAAAACAGAUUUUGGGAAAACAAACUUUAAUUGGUGAUUUUGUUGCUGCUUUGGAGCAUCUUAGUGUACCUCAUGUAUUCUUUAAGGAAUAUAUUAGCGAAAUUGGAUAUUUAAUGCAACGUAAAGCACUAAGCAAUGAAAUAAAAUGUGCAUUUGCUAAAAUGUAUAAGGAUUUAUUCAGUGAGGAGGUGAUACUAGGAAAUCAAAGGAUUUCUCUUGGACCGUUACAAAAAAAAUUUGCAGAGGAUUUCAGAGCUGAUGUCAUAGCUAUUUGUGGGAAAGAUGGUUCCAAACUUACAAUACAGGCCAAUCAGGAGGCCACUAAGAAAGCUUUAACUGAUUUACUAACAAAAAUGAAACUUAAAGAUAAGAAAAAUUAUAGUUUGAAAGAUAUCUCACCCUGGCUAAGUGCAUUUCAGCAGUGGAAGUAUCCUGUACAAAUAGAGAUUCCAGGUCAAUAUACUGGAAAGUUUAAACCACUUCCUGAGUACCAUGUUAAAGUGGCUGGAUUUGAUGAAAAAGUAAAGUUUAAUAUAGUCUUCAUGGGAAUUUUUUAUGUGUGGUAG